CAGGUUGCCUGGCUCUGCUCUUGUCAAUUGUCAUUAUCUCAUUCGACCUAUAUAAUGGGGCCAUGUCUCAGUGCUGGCUCAACUUUGGUGUGCUUCUCUGGCUGUCGGGCAAUUUCGUAUGGAUGGUUGGAGAAUUUAUAGUGGAGAAUCCUCAGCAUUUCCUUAGCGGAGAUGCUGAAACCUUUGAAGUUAGAAGUGGCCAGAUAUUCGAAGAGUGUACUAGUAUCGCUGUGCCUUUCCUCAUUGCUGGGUGUGCAUGGCUCGGCUUGUACUAUAUUGUCCGAAUGUUCCGUCAAGUACCCUAUUUCAACAGAUUAGACCGCUUCACACUCCGACAGAACGAAAAUAUGCCCAUGCCCCGAUUCUCUCUCUUUUUCCGCGACUAUUCCGAAUAUGCGAUGGCUUACACAUUUUUCUGGUGCUUGAAGGAUCUACUGUGGGCUAAAUUUAACAUCAUUGGCUAUGGUUUGGUGUUUGUACCCACACUGCUGAUAUUUAUAGACCUCGUCUACAUCACCGCCACACACCGUGGUCAGUUUAUAGAGUUCUUCCAUAAUCUAAUUUGCCUGGUGUGGCUGGUAGCGAACUUGUUGUGGGCGAUAGCUGAGCUCGUCAUACCUGACAAAAGCGUGCCAUUCGAGACUCGAAUGAUAUACUGUUGGCCUAAGACAUGGACUAGUGAUUCACGCUUGUAUUUGAGGUGUGCCGUGGGGUAUCUAUUCAUGAUUGCACUUGUGUUAGUGUGCCUGUUCCAUCUCAUGUGGAUAUGCAUGACCUUCAGCGGACGUUUAGCAACACAAGACAUACAAAUGUACUACUACAGUAGCGAUGUCGGUCCCGGUGCAGGUUCGCAUAUGGCUGGUAGUGAUUUGUACAACGCAGAUGCCGACUCCAUCUUCUCGGGGGCCUUAGGAGCGCUCGGCUUGGAGUCGGGCAUCAAUCUCACCACAAUCGACCGACAUAUGGAGUCGGGCAUCAAUCUCACGACAAUUGACCGGCAUCCCGAUACCAGCUGGGGGGAGAAGUCGCAGUUAGAAGCUCAAAAUAAUAGGCCGUCAAAGUCGACCGCUGUGUAGCUGGAGAACCACUCGGUAACACCCAUAAUUUUAGUCAAAGAGUAACAUUAGCGAGUUACCAGUGUGCGUUAUGAAGAUUUUUGUAAACUUCAUAGCAGAACGUAAAUUGAUGCGAAACCAAGAAACCUUCGCAGAUGACAGGCCAAGACCGUGCGUUGCCGUGGUCAAAAGGACUCCCGGAGAAAAGAUCAUCACAGAAGAGCAUAUGACCUCAAGGUGUAAGCAUCUACUCUAGUGUUACAUGAAUCUAUAUCCGGUUUCGAGCAAGCGAAAGUGCUGGUGCAACCGCCACCCGAACAAUCUAGGGUGUGCUUCUGGCGGUAAAGAGCAACGACAAGGUCUGCAGUUCGAGUAUUACUGCUAAAAGCCUCUACACCAUCAACGUACAAGUAACCAUGAACACAAAAAUGAAAACUUAG